AUGGAUCAAAUUGAUCCAAACCUUCGAAAGAAAAUCUCGGAAUCAUUAAAUUCACUGGAUAUUCGUGUUAAUGAAGCUACUAAAAUAUAUUCCGAUUUUCGACAUGAGGCCAUAGUUUUUUCACGAACUGUUCGUGAUAGGAUGAAUACAAUUGAGGAACAAUUAGCAAAGGAUUGGAAAAGUGAAGCAGCCAGAGAGGCAAUACAAAAACAUCUUGAUGCGAUUAAAAAACGUAUCCCUAUCUUUAAAGCUGCAUUGACAAAGGCAAUCAAAAAAACAUACCAAGUUACUGAUACAGCCAAAGAAGCACAUUUAGUUUUAGAUGACGGAAGAACCAGUGCAAUACGACAUGAUAAUUCAUUGUAUCAGCGACUUUUGCGUUUUAUUAGUAGUGAGGAAGAAAAAAUUCAAAUAAAGGAUCAAUUAGAAGAGAUUGAUGAAGGGAUUAUAUUCAUCAAAGAAUUACAGAAUAAUUUAGAAUUGUUUGAUAAAAUUAUUGAUGACUACAGAAUAAAAAGUCAGGAAGUUGAAGUACAACUUGAAGAAAAUAUAAAUCACGUAGAAAUAGAUAAAACUUCAUUAAAGGAUCUUAAAUAUAUUUUUGUUUUCUCGGAUGAUACAACCCAAGUUAUUGGCACACCAAAUAAGGGACAUCUUAAAGAUUUCCUAUGGGUUGAUGGAGAAUAUAUUACAGAGAUAUCAUAUGUAAUUGGAAAGUACGUUAAUGGCAUUGAGAUUAAAACUAAUAGUGGACGUAGCACAGGGUGGCAAGGCUCUCGUAGUGGUCUAAUUGGUUUUCAAGUUGGCGGGGAAUAUAUGGGACUUUUUCAGAUGGAAUAUGCAGUAUAA